AAGUUAUGCUGUCUGUCUCUUAAUGAAAGUAUAACUUUUCGCAUGAAUUUCGCCAUGUCACGUCUUGGCUCGUUCAUAAACGUUAAAUCCACGCGACCAAUCAGGUUUUCUUUUUUUUUAAUCCUUAUUUCAAUUCAUUUUUAGCAUAUAUCAUGACGUGUUAGUGAAGUAAGCAUGUACUUUUCCCUCAUUUUUAAUGACUUAAAUUUGUCAUCUAAAUUGGAUUUGAAAAGACAGAGGACGUCUCCAUCGUUUGUUACCAAAUUCCCUUGAGUGGCCAUGACUUCUGGUUCCCAUCUGCAUUUGAAUGGUAUCAAGUCUGACACUUUUGGUAACACAAAGAUGCUCCUCAUCUCCUGCGGCCGCGUUCCUGACGUACGUGCACCUGCCGGUGAAUGACAUCGCAUCCAAAACGUUCUCCUUGAAGUAGGAACGUCCUGAAAUCCUCCCUUUUUCAAAUCCAUUUAGAUCAGUGUGGCCCUAACACAGCAAACACUUUAUGGACUGGUCUGUGUUGUGCUGUGAAGAACCUUACUUUCUACCUAAUUUUUUUAACCCAUUAGUGGCCACGUUUACCACUCUCUUGUCCAAAAAGAGAGUGGGGCCCUCAGUAUGCACAAGCUGAGAGGAGGCCCCGGGCCUCCCGUCCAUGACAUAUACGAGUUUUCUCUGGAUGAGGAGGACCCGAAAGUUUAUCUCGGGGCCAGAAGUGCCAGAGUGGUUUCACCCGCUGCCGACUACAUCAGGUCUGAGCAUGAGCAAGCGGGCCUCUACUCCCUGCCACACAUGGAGGGCGAGGACCUGGUACCACAGAAGAAGAAGAGGAAGAGAUGUGGCGUGUGUGGACCUUGCACACGGAAGGAGAACUGUGGUACCUGUGCCAACUGCCUGAACAGAAAGAUCGGGCACCAGAUCUGCAAACUGAGAAAGUGCGAUGAGCUGAAGAGGAGAAAGAACCAAUGGGAGGUGGAAUAUUUUGAAGACGUAAAAGCUCGGUCCACAACCCCAAACCUGGCUAAAGAGACUGUUUCUGUGGUGGGUUCAGUGGAUGGCCCUAAAGGAGGUGGCCAGAUGGAAAUUGGGUCCCAUGACCGCCUGGAAGAAGGCGGGUUAAACCAGGAACUGUCUAAUGGGCUAAACAAACUUGGAGCUAAUGACGAAAAUAUUUGUGAUGAAGUCUGUGGCGAAGCCAGGGAGCAACACCAGCGCAGGUACAACAAGGGGGCUGGGUGUAUUUCCCAGACAACAGGCUGGGGCUCUAAGCUCAUUGGAAAGUCAAAUUCUGAAGCUCAUCAGGGUGCUUGGAGUGGCCCAAAUCCUAACACAGCAGUGAAUGAUGUGGAUAUGGAGGAUGCAAGAACCCUGGUUGCCUUUUCUGCAAGUGUGGGCACACUGCCCCCCUUCAGCAACCAUCAACCUUCUCAAACUUCUCAAACAACAGCCCAGCUAUAUGAAAGGUUUAGCCAGGAGAUGUCUAAUGGAAGUGAGGAGGCCAGGCAAAAAAGUGCGGAUGGUGAAUUUUGCCCCCCUGAAGACCUUAACACACUUCAGGCUGCACUGAGCCAAGCCCGUCAUGGCCACAAGCCACCUAAUUGUGACUGUGAAGGCCCAGACUGCCCGGACUACUUGGAGUGGCUGGAGAAACAGAUCAGAAAGGCGGCUAACUGUCAGGAUAAAGGGUCCUGUAAGAUUUCUGCUGCUCCCCCACAGCCACAUCAACAGCAUCAUCAUGGUCAGUCCCAACCACAGCAAUGUGGUAGUAACCCCCAGUGUGGGCAGGACACAAAUCCACCACCCCCAAUUAACCAGCCUUCAGCUCCUAGACCAUUUGGGCCACCAGCACCUAUUCCAUGCUCCCCUACUGUUCUGUCUAUAGCCAAGGAGAGAAAUGUUAGCUUGCAAACAGCCAUUGCAAUUGAGGCCCUAACCCAGCUAUCUGCCACUGUCCAACAAACUGUUGUUCACCCAGGUGAGUCUUCACCUGCAAAUCACCAUCAGCAUCUACCAAACUCCUACCCUCUGAGUAUGCCUCAACUAGUCUCUUCAUCCCCAAGCUCUCUUUCAUCGUCCUCCGCAUCAUCUGGUUUGCCACAGUCCAUGCCUCCCGGAAAUUACCCACAUCAUGAGCAAUCAUUAUGGGAGCAGAAGAGGCUUCAAUCUCAGGGUGAGGCCCCUGCAUCUAGCUCAUCUCACUAUGCUUCUCAAUACCCAUCCUCCAAGUCACCAUUUACUGGCCUGCACCCUUCAAACCCAAACUCUCGACCCCAGCAGUGGCAUCAGGCCACUGGUGGAAGCUGUGAGAAAAGCUCCCCUCGUAAUUCAUGGAUGAUGGUGAAUUCGGAGUCCCAACCUCGUUUUGCAAACCCAUCCCAUGGCAGCAUUGACCCAGUGUCUGAGCUAAAGCAGCUACUUGAUGAUACUGGUGGAAAGUACACAAACUCAGCCUUCAGGUUCCCAUUUCCUCAUCCUAGCAUGCAGGAUGAUCGCAAAGGCAGCCUUACAGGGUUGCCUCACAUCAAGCAGGAAGUGGAUUCCAAGGAUAACCAGAGUUCAGGUUUGGCAGCCAUGGUUCAGCAAGGCAUGGUAAAUGGCCAUCAGCAAUUCCAGGGUCAGCAGUUUUCCCCCACCAUUAGGCACUCAACUCAGGCAGCACUACAGCAGCACCUUCAUCAUAAACGUAACCUGUUCUCUAACUCCCCAGACUUUGGCCCAUUAGCCCCCAUGGCCUGCCAGAACCUCCGUAAAUGGUGGCCACAGACUCUUCCAGAAAGUCUUGUAACCAUCAAACAGGAGCACAAAGAACCCAAAAAGAGAAAGAGUGCUCAAAGUUCUCCUCUUCUCAAACAGACAGUCGGUGGGCUGUUUAGUCCACUGGGCCCACCUCUUCCAAAACCCAAACAAAUUGUUAUCAAGAAACAAAAACAGAAAGCCUCCCAACCAACUUUCCUUCCACAGAGCCAGAUUUCAAUAACAAAACAGUCCAUCAUCACCCCAGCAUAUGCACCAUCCCAAUCCCAGCUUGUUCCAUCUCUACAAGGCAUGGAAGCUGGGCUUCCCCCCUCUCAGGUGGUUGAGAGCCACCCAGCUCCAGCCCAAUCUCAGGAACCCAUUUUAAAUAGCAGUAGUGCACCCAUUUCAUCUUCUGCUCCUGUUUCUGUCCUAGCAACAUCCACCGAAAAGGUCAUAGCAUAUGCAGGCACAGUUGAGUCAAAUAAAAAAGUCACAUCAACUAGUAUCACACCUCAAACUUCUACAAUGCAGUCGACUCCUUCUCUGACUGGUCUUAGUGACUUAGAUCCAAAAUUUGAAGAGCUGAUUCGCCAGUUUGAGGAGGAGUUUGGAGACACCAUAUCCUCUGCCUCUCCCACAGAGAGUGCAAAUCAUGGCCCUACUCAGCCAGAGGUGACCGAGUCACAACCAAACUCAAACUCAGGACAAGCCAGACCCGAGUCACCAUCCUCAAAGCAGCCAAAUAACUGCCCCCCUCUUCCUACAACUGAGUCUGAGCCCAUGGAUGAAGGUCAGAAAACGUUAGCUGAGAGAGUAAAGGAAGAAACAUCCUUUCCACCUAAGCAACUCUGUACUGUUAAACAAGAAAGUGAGGAAUGUGAGGUGGACGUUAAACCUUCUGAGCAGCUACUGUCUAUGGCUCAGGAGGCAAUUCUGCAGCGACAGCACCCCUUCAUCACACCUUUCUCCCCUCCAAAUAAACGUGUAAAGAUUGAGUCAUCUGGUGGUGUGACAGUUCUCUCCACAACGGCAUCUUUUUCUGCGGAUGGUCAAGAGGAUGAAUUUAAUACUCCUACAAAGGAUGGCUUUCCUUCCUCCCCUUCACUUAAAGGUUUUCUUGAGUCACCAUUGCGCUACCUGGACACUCCAACUAAGAGCCUGCUGGAUACACCUGGGAAAGAUAACCAACCAGAUUUUCCUACCUGUGACUGUGUGGAUCCAAUUUCAGACAAGGACCAGAGUCCAUACUACAAUCAUUUGGGAUCUGGGCCAACAGUGGCUUCUGUCAGAGAACUGAUGGAAAAUAGGUAUGGAGAGAAGGGCGAAGCUAUUCGCAUUGAAAAGGUGAUUUACACAGGGCGAGAAGGAAAGAGCUCUCAGGGAUGUCCAAUUGCUAAAUGGGUGAUUCGACGCAGCAGUGAGAAGGAAAAAUUGUUAUGUGUCGUAAAGCAACGCCCUGGGCACCACUGUGCUAAUACCGUCAUCAUUGUUGUGAUCUUGGCCUGGGAGGGAGUGCCACGUGCGCUGGGAGAUAAACUUUACAGAGAAGUUACAGAAACAAUCAUCAAAUAUGGCAACCCCACCAGCCGCCGCUGUGGACUCAAUGACGAUCGAACCUGUGCAUGCCAAGGGAAGGACCCUGAAACCUGUGGUGCUUCCUUCUCUUUUGGCUGCUCCUGGAGCAUGUACUUCAAUGGAUGCAAGUACGCUCGAAGUAAGAACCCUCGCAAGUUUAGACUGCAGGGAGAACACCCCAAAGAGGAGGACGAUCUCAGGGAUAACUUUCAAACCUUGGCCACUCAUGUGGCCCCUGUGUACAAGAUGCUGGCUCCGCAAGCGUACAGUAACCAGUGUGCAACUGAGCAUUCUGCUACAGACUGCCGGUUGGGUUUGAAAGAAGGACGGCCAUUUUCAGGAAUCACUGCAUGCAUGGAUUUCUGUGCCCACGCUCACAAAGACCAGCAUAACCUCCCAAAUGGCUGUACCGUGGUGUGCACUCUAACGAGAGAGGACAAUCGCAAAGUAGGCAGCAUCCCUGAAGAAGAACAGCUGCAUGUGCUUCCGCUCUACAAGAUCUCUUCAACUGAUGAAUUUGGUAGUGAAGAAAAUCAGCGCCUCAAAAUGCAGUCAGGAGCCAUCCAGGUGCUCUCUAACUUCCGUCGAGAGGUUAGAAAACUUCCGGAACCUGCUAAAUCCUGCCGCCAGCGUCGGUUGGAGGCCAAAAAGGCAGCGUCAGAGAAGAAGAAUAAGAAACUUCAGCUUACAGAAACCCCAGAGAAGACUCUAAAGAUGGAGAUGCAUCACACAGAGUCACCACACCCUCAGCAAGGCAAUAAAGCUAUUCCAAAACAGGAGGUGAAGCCCAUCAUCAAAAAAGAGCCCGUCGACCGCUUCCAGCCCUUCAAUGGAGCCAUACAUGGCUACCCAGCACUAGGGAACGGCAAGACAACUCCCGAUCCCCACAGCAUGGACAGUUCGUUCUCGUACCCUGGUAACUAUGCAAGAGGUCGAGUCCCUACCAACAGCCAAGCUCCUGCACAGAGCCUCAUCAAUGGCUUUCACCCUAAUCUUCAAGACAUGCGCUACGGUUACUACAACUACCCUCCCAAUGCACUUUUUCCUCCUGAGCUCUUGAGGAAUGGAGCCUGGCCCAAAGCUGGAGAACUCCCUGCCACGUCAUUUGACCAGAAGCCAGAUGUUCAGAGUCUCCAAGCCAAGCUGGCACACGGCUAUUCCAACCGUCCUGGGCAAUCACAACAAAUGGCUGGUGCAUCCAUGCAAGGCUACCCAUACUCUUCUGAGGUUUCAAAGUCUCCUGUUCCACCCAGUCAUACUCCAUCAAUGUCACAUGAGCAGAAACAUCGUUUAACACCUGUCAUCAAACAGGAGCCUAUGGAUGUGCCACUAUAUGCUGGCAGAUUAGAUGGGCAAGGUCAAAGCUGCCCUGAAGGUUGGCCUGGGCAUAAACCAAAUGGCAGUCUAGCCCCUAAAGGCUGGGAUGGAAACAUCCGACCAAGUCCAACCGAUUCAUGCUAUACUCCAGACAGGCAGCGGCUCCACCAGCAACACCAACACGAGCACCCUCAGUAUCCACAGCAGCCACAGUGGAACUCUUGUCCCCGUCCUAACACUCCAGUGGCAUCCCCUGCUCCAUCUCCCUCCCCUUCCCAUAAAGUAGGUCUUUCUCCGGCUGCAUCUCCUCAUCCAUCUACCCCGAAACAGUGGGACAGCCCUGCCCCAAGUCCACAACCUAGGACCUGGGGUCCUUAUGGUCCCAUAGGUUACGGGCCUGGCGGUAUUAGGCAAGGCAACCCUGCUGGUGCAUUCCCCGACAAAAUGCUCUCCCAAGCAGGUGCAAACUGUGGCUCUGCUCCUCUUGGAGUCCAGGAGAAUGCCUGGAAAUCUGGUGGUGGAUCAGCAGCAGGCAGCACACCAUCUCCAGCUCCUGAGGGUCGCUUGUUCCCCGAUGCACUGCAAAAGUCAACUGGGCAGGCAUGCUGGGAUAGUGAGGCAGAGACGCAAAGUCAACAUGAUCCGUCAGAAGACGAGGUUUGGUCAGACAGCGAACACAACUUCUUAGACCCCAACAUCGGAGGAGUAGCGGUGGCUCCUGCUCACGGCUCUAUUUUGAUUGAAUGUGCCCGUCGGGAGCUCCAUGCCACCACACCACUUAAAAAGCCAGACCGCACCCACCCAAGUCGUAUUUCCCUGGUCUUCUACCAGCACAAAAACCUGAACCAGCCCUCCCAUGGCCUGGCUCUGUGGGAGGCCAAGAUGAAGAUCCUGGCUGAGCGAGCACGGCAACGACAACAAGAAGCAGCUCUUUUGGGUCUCUCACAGGAAGAAAUUAAGGCCUACGCGAAAAAGCGCAAGUGGGCGGCUGGAUCCGCAAGCCCGUCCCCUGGACAGACAAAGGACAAACGAGAGGGUGUUGUGACACGGAUGGCACCCACACAGAGUACCACCACCAUAGUGACUGUUUCACACCACCCGUCCACACACCUCACUGGUCCUUACAGUCGAUUUGUGUGAACUCUUGUAGACUGUUGCCCCCUGGAGCCAGAGAUGGGAAUAGAAAUGAUAAGGAUCAUAAAUCGUACUCCUUUUCCAUUUGCUUCCCUGCUUUUAGCUCCAACUCCUCUUUCAGGCUACCACAAGUAGGAAAAGAAUAGAGGAAGGGGCAGUUUUUUCACUUUUUCUUUACCUCAAAUUUUGGCAGCAGUUUGGGAAUACCCCAAACGGACACGCUGUCUAUGGUGCUCUUGCUCUCUCCAACAUGAGAGGGAUUUCCAUAGCUACCCCUCCUUAAGUGAAUUUGAUGAUCCUAAUUAUUAAUGCUCUAUUAUCAAUAUUAUUACGAUUGCUAUUGUUACUGUCAACGUUGAUAUUACAGGUAUUGUUAUUAUAUUAUGAAGAUGACUAUUUUUUAUUUUAAUGUUAUUGUUUUUUCGUCAUUGUUAUUAAUAUUAUGAUUUCCCCCUUUCGACUAAAAGGGACUUCCUUUUAAUUCUUGCUUGUUCAUUAUGAACACGAGAACAAGCUAAUCAGCAUUUUUUUUGCGCUUUUUGCCUUUUCCACCUAUCAGCCGCUCUACAAAAGAAGCGCCUUCACAUCAUUGCGGGUCACACUUAUGUGGCUGCAUUAUGGCAACUCUAGAGUAUUUACUCGUAGUCCUAGUCACUCAUCAUGUGACUAAAAUUAGAAAGAAAGGACCUGACACCAGCUUGGGCCUUUCGGUUUGGUGCCACUCUAAUGAAAUAUGUCAAGUUUCACAUAGUUUCAAAUGGUGCUUCUUUUCUGUCUCUAGUGUCUCUAAGUUUAUCCUCAUAAUAUCGAGGCAGAUGCUGGACCUGGGUGCUUAUAGCAGCAGAUGUCAUUCAUCUUCAGUGAUGGGACUUGUUAACAGUCCUGGUAAUUGGCUCAGCCUUUCAUCUGACUGGUGCUGACUUAUUUGCCUGUGGUGCUUUUUCAUUGGCCAUUUUUCACUACCCAUGUCACAUAAGGUGCUGGUAAUGCUAACAAAUAUCCAUCACAAUAAAACAGCCCUAUAGAGCUGCAGAUUACCCAUCCAUGGGUAUGAACAAACCAUACUCCGCUCGAACCGGAUUCUUAAAUUCGUUCCAUUUUGAUUGAAUUUCUACGAUAUCUGCUCGCCCUAGACAUGUUCAGAUAUUUGUAAUGCAGAGACUUGCAAUAGGAAAGAAAUGUUUUUCAAAAUAAUGACUUGCUAUCACAAAUGUACAUCUAUUAGCAGACUAACCACAAAAAAAACACACAAAACUGCCCUUGUGUAAACGACACAAGUCUUCCAUAACCUAAUUUAUCGAUGGCUACCCAUUUGUGAUCAUUUCUCAAGUUAUUAUUUUGUUGAUAUUUUCUUGGCUACUGCCGGUUUAAACCACCAGCCUAACGGACAGAGCACAUUUUUUGGGGUUGGUGCUACUAUGAGUCUUUACGCUCCAGUAAAGUUGCCCCUCAUGUACUAAGCAGCCCUCAUCUCGCUCUUUCUGCCCUGAGAUCAGCCACACCUGGAAUCAACGGUGCUGAAUGGCAGUGCAUAUAGUUAUAGCUCAGUCGUUUGUGUGAAUGUAUGAGUAAGUAACAAUGCGCACGUGUGUGUGUGCACGUGCAUGGGUUCGCAAACAUGCACACAGGUCAGAAUGUAUGCGCACGAGUGUGAAUGCCUGUGUGUUUGAGCUAGAUAUAGGGAGCAACGCAGGGCUGCCACUGGUUUACACAGGGCUGAAAGAUGCUUGACACCCUCACAGAGGAGAGAUCUCGGUGCUCAUUUAGUAAGCGGUCCUAAAGCUCUUUACCUCGUGUUGUACAGACACUGGUCCCAGUUCACAACAUGCUACCAAUACACAGGCGCUACAGGCUGCAGGCUUGCUGCCUACAUCCACAUUCGUACCUACUUUUUUAUUCUUAUUUAUUAUAUGAUGAUGAUGAUGAUGAUGAUUAUUGUUAUUGUGAUUGCUGUCAUUUUAUUUUUUUGUUUGCUCAUUUUAGAGAAACUGUAAAUAUUGAAGAGAGGAUUUUAUAAAAGCACUUUUAAUCUUGAUUUUAAUGCGGAGGAAAAAAAAAGUUAAGAACGGAUUAUUGACAACUUGAAGCCUAGUUUUUUGUUUUAUUGGAAUUUUAUUGGGAGAGAUAGAAAUGUAAAUAGUUAAAUAUUUAGGUAAGAUUAUUUAACUGGUGAGGGAUGAUGGCCUAAUCAUGAAUGAUUCCUGAAUUUUUAAUCUUCAGUCGUCUGUAUGUCAAGCCGUCGACAACGGAGCACAGAGCAUGAUGCUUUGUUGGUCUAUUCGAGAUACUGCUGUCCUUCCUUUCGUGAGUACUGUACUUACACCGAUACCUCUGUACUACCACCGGCUUCCUUCCCCCGUCACAUCUACAAACCGUAACCUUAUGGAGAACAACUGUGCGAACCUGUUGACUAAUACGAACGGCUCGCAAGGAUUCAGGACUCGCACCGUUUCGAAGGGAAGUGGAAGAAGUACAUCGCUUUUACAUGAAAAUGACCCAUGGAACCGAAAUGAAUAUCAGGUUUAAACUUGCCUCUUGAAAUGUGACAGCUUUCAGUUCAGAACUCUAGUAGGUAGAUCAUGUACUAGUUAUUGUUUUUGUUUCUUGUAUAAAAUAUCACGUGGGGUGGGAGUCUUACUUAACUCUUAUAACUGCACUGACAUAUCUAGAUUGUCACUUGUUCUCGGAGACGUGAGACUUGAUCCUGAAGCUGAGUUGAAAGGUUGUUCUCGAAACCCGGGUUUAAUUUUCUUCACCCUGAAUAAUGGCUUUUUAACCGUGGUGCUACCCCCUAGAGUUCACUGUGGAAAGGACAAAUAGCAAACACUGUUGCUAUAGUUUUUUGGGCUCUUCAUUUGAUAUGUGAACUCUUUUGAGAGCAUAGGAAACCUUUGUGGUGCUGAUCAUUUUUAAAUCUUUUUACGUAAUUACUUCUGAGACAUUUCUGAUGAUUGCAAAUUUUUAAACAAAGCACUCCAAUCGAUCCAGUGACCCUUUUUAGUCGUUAUCUUAAAUAACUGGUAAAAUGGUACUUGAUGUGCACGAUAGCAGGUAGAGGAAUAGGUACUCUCAUGCUUGUGAUGUGAAUAGACUGUUAAUUUUAAUAAUCUGGUGCUACCUGAACUGCCCAGAGAUCUGAUUUCACUCGUUUUGAAGUUUUACACACAUUGUCAUUUUCUUUAUAUUCACACUUAUGUUUUGGCAACACUGUCACACAAACGCAUACAAAUACACCACACGGACACGUUUGCAUACACACACUACUCUACGCCCCUCUUAAAGUACUCGCUGUUAGAGUAUCUAUCAUGCCCAGUUUUUAAACAUCAAAACGAUAAAAUGUCUAAACUUAAAGAAAAAAAAGAAACUGGCAGCUACAUUCCUUUAUGAGUUAAAGAUUGUUCUUGGUUCUAUUUUUCAUGUUGAGUAUGCAGUAUGUAAAAAGUGUUAUCUUUUGUUUGGUCUCUCUCCUUGUAGCUGUAUGGUGUAUUAUGUGAAUACAUAGUGUAUGUGGUAAAACCCACAAUACUGUUUUACGUUCUAAACUAAGAAAAAAAAUUAAAAAUGCAAAGAAAUAAAGUGUGACGACAUGUAUUCA